GGCGGCUUCCCGGGCUCAGGCUGCCUUCAAGGCUGAGCUGCUGCGGCCGCCUCUCGUCCGCCCCCUCAGCCGCGCGCCUGCCGCAGCCUCCUCCCUUCCAGUCGGCGUCUUUCUAGGGGAGCACUGCGAAGACUCGGCUGGGAACUGCCGUCCUCCCGGCCUGAGGAAACGCUGCGACCCCCCCCGCAGGAGAGCGGCAGGGCGGGGUGUGGGGGGGGCGCGCGCGGGAGAAGAUGGCGACGCCGGGAGGCGAACCCCAACCUUUCGUCCCUGCCCUCUCGGUGGCUACCUUGCACCCUCAUCAUCACCCUCACCCUCACCACCACCACCACCACCACCACCAGCAUGGAGGUACCGGAGCUGGCGGCGGCACUGGCGGCAGUGGCGGCGCCGGCAGCGGCGGCUUCAACCUGCCCUUGAACCGGGGUCUGGAGCGCGCGCUGGAGGAGGCGGUCAACUCCGGGGGCUUGAACCUCAGUGCCAGGAAACUGAAGGAAUUUCCCAGGACCGCGGCCCCGGGCCACGACCUUUCGGACACGGUGCAGGCAGAUUUAUCUAAAAACAGACUGGUUGAAGUUCCAAUGGAAUUGUGCCAUUUUGUAUCACUGGAAAUUCUUAAUCUUUAUCACAAUUGUAUCCGAGUCAUUCCUGAGGCCAUUGUCAAUCUGCAGAUGCUGACUUACUUAAACUUGAGUCGAAAUCAGCUGUCUGCCCUGCCUGCCUGCCUGUGUGGUCUGCCUCUCAAAGUCUUAAUCGCAAGUAACAACAAGCUUGGAUCACUCCCAGAAGAGAUAGGUCAGCUCAAACAGUUAAUGGAGUUGGAUGUCAGCUGCAAUGAGAUCACAGCAUUGCCCCAGCAAAUAGGUCAAUUGAAGUCUCUACGAGAACUGAAUGUCAGAAGAAAUUAUCUGAAAGUUUUGCCGCCAGAGCUAGUAGACCUUCCCUUGGUCAAGUUUGACUUUUCCUGCAACAAAGUGCUGGUGAUUCCAAUCUGCUUUCGGGAGAUGAAGCAGCUGCAGGUGUUGCUGCUCGAAAACAACCCUUUGCAAUCGCCUCCUGCACAGAUUUGCACAAAGGGCAAAGUGCACAUAUUUAAGUACUUGAGCAUACAAGCGUGUCAAAUUAAGUCAACCGAUUCCCUUUAUCUCCAAGCCAUGGAGAGGCCCCAUUUACAGCAGCACGUGGAAGACAGCAAGAAGGAUUCUGACUCAGGAGUUGGAAGUGAUAAUGGAGAUAAGCGAUUAUCUGCCACUGAGCCUUCUGAUGAAGACACUGUGAGCCUCAAUGUGCCAAUGUCAAAUAUCAUGGAAGAGGAACAGAUCGCCAAGGACGACUCAUGCCAUCUUCGCCUUAGCCCAGUUAAAGGGGAAUUUCAUCAGGAAUUUCAACCAGAGCCUUCCCUUUUGAGUGACAACGAUAACUCAGGAGAAGAAAGAGAUCAUUUUCUGCAUGAGACAGAUGUUCUACACCCUGGCUUUCGCAACUACAAGAGUAGGCCAGAAGAUUGUGAAGAGCUGUUAAGGAUAGAAGAGGACGCACACUGGCCAGGCGAGGGAAUAGUAAGUUCAUCCAAAGAUCAGGACAUGGAUAUAGUGAUGAUUGAGCAGCUAAGAGAAGCAGUAGACUUGCUGCAAGAUCCCAGCGGGCUAAGCACGGAUAUUACAGAGAGAAGUAUUUUAAGCCUGUACCCUAUGGAGUCAGGAGAAGCCUUAGAAUUACAAGAUCCUACACUGAAUGGUCAGAUACAGCUGGAGACGUCGUCCUUGUGUGAGGUGCAGAAUGAUCCAGCCUUGCAGACUAAUGGGAGCCAGUAUUCAGCAAAUGAGACGAGCCAGGACUCUCCUGCAGUCUCUCCUACCACAAACAGCAUAGCUCCGUUUGGCCUGAAGCCUCGAUCAGACCCAGCCCUCAUUCUCCCUCCUAUCUCCUUCAACAAACUUACACAGGCACAAACAUGGGACAGCUCUAGCUACAGUGUUCCAUCUGAAGGAGACUGUGACAAUGUGUUUCUCAGACCUCAGAGAAAUUUGGAAUCUAUAGAUCCACAAUUUACAAUUCGGAGGAAAAUGGAACAGAUGAGAGAAGAAAAAGAGCUGGUGGGACAACUUCGUGAGAGCAUUGAAAUGAGACUGAAGGUCAGUCUGCAUGAAGACCUGGGGGCUGCACUCAUGGAUGGUGUUGUGCUCUGCCAUCUGGUCAACCACAUCCGCCCACGAUCCGUCGCGAGCAUCCAUGUCCCCUCACCAGCAGUUCCCAAACUUAGCAUGGCCAAGUGCAGAAGAAAUGUGGAAAACUUCUUAGAAGCAUGCCGAAAAUUAGGAGUACCAGAGGCUGACCUGUGCUCUCCGUGUGACAUCCUGCAGUUGGAUUUUCGUCACAUUCGAAAGACUGUUGAUACUCUACUGGCACUCGGGGAGAAACCCCCACAAUCAACUUUCGCCCUCCGCUCCAGGGACCUUAUAGGCUUCUGUCUUGUCCAUCUUCUCUUUUUAGUGCUGGUCUAUAUCACUUACCACUGGAAUGCUCUGUCUACCUAACGCCUGCAUGUGCAUCCCAACACUCUGCUCUGGCACGCUGGCCCAUCCCAGGGUCCUUCCUCCAUUUGGGCCUUUGCCUGGCCAAAGGCCGUCUCUUCUGUAAUCUUUCGAGUUUUGAAGUUGAACAUUUACAAAUAUGAUUUUCCAAAAGCACAAACCUUGUAGACUGCAGUUCUCCUAUCAUUUCUCUCCUUUACUGAGCAACAUUACUGGCAGCGGCGUAUUCCCAGACUAAUGUCCUUUUCCCACAUGGUACCAAUAAUGAUGUUCCCUAUGCCCCCUCCUUCCUCCAAUGAGCUGCUGCCACCUCCAGCAAAAGGGAAGGGGACCUCUGGUAAGAGACAGGGAUUUUCCAUAGGUCAGCAUUUACCUCCUGUUCUAAUUCAUGACUAGGCAAUUGGGUUGUAGCAGGACCACUUUGAAAAGGAGACAGAAGAUCCAUAUUUUGACCUAACUUGGCCUAUAAAAGCCUCUAAUGUUGCUACUGUUGACCAAGUUGGAAAAUAUUGUCUAGAGAAGGACUGCUUUGCCAGCCAUUCAGUUGGAUUCCUUCCAGUUUCCUGGAACUGUGAGGGACCACAGGGAAGGUUGCUGCCCACUGUGCCUGUGCAGGAGGGGCUCUGCAGGAAAUGAGGCUCCAGGUGCCGGAACGCCACCUGGAGGAUUGGAUUACAUACCACUUUUCAUGACAUUUUAACUUCCUCAGUUAGUUCUGCUCUGGGCUUCUAUGAAAGAUGUUUCCUGGAAGGGAUUUCUAUUUUUGGAUAAUGGAAUGGAUUAUUUUGCUACAUAUCAUAAUAACUGCAUUUCCAGAAUGUGAUGAAUUUGAUUGUAUUUCUUUUAUAAAUAACUAUAUAUAUAAAGCCAUGAGUCAUGGAACAUUCCUGGUCCUGGGGCUUGGGUCCUGAUGUCAGGAGCCAAUAAUAAAACUGGUCUUACUUCAGAAGAGUAUAGUUUAUCUAAUUAAUUGCAAUGCCUGUUUAACCUGGAUCCCAGUGACAUUAACUAACAGCUGCUUUAUUUUUAAAUCAAAUUGUUAGAUAUCAACUACUUCCGCUUUGAGAGUGAUGCAAUCAGUUUGUAAAUAAAAGAAAAAAAAAACUGUUAGGGUUUUAUCUAGGCCAGGGUAUUUCUGGAUUCCAGGAUAUCUUUUUGUAAUAGGAGAAGACCCUGCUUCAAGAUUGAGCCAGUCUCUUCUAUGCUUUAGUUUACAUCCUGUUUGCCAAAUGUGGUUUCUUCGGUUGGGGACGUAAUAAAGUUAACUUCCUCAAGAGAAAUGUCUUAGUUUAAUUAGAUGAUGAUAGGCCUCAUACAUGGUUAUUAAGA